AUGAGCGCCGAGGAGAAAUCUCGGAGACUCGUUCUUCGCUGUUACAAUACACUCGCGUCUCAACAAGAGCUCUCAGAAGCGCCAGCUGCAUCAGACGAUGAAGACAGAGUCCGGAUCGAUGCCGAAGAACAGUUUCUUUUACAGCCAGGCGAAUCUUCGACCAGAUAUGUAUUUGUCAACAGUCGAAUCGACUAUCAAUAUCGUUCAUCGGCGCUUGAGAAUAUCUCUUUGUACGAUUACGUACGUUUCUUCCGCAAAAAGCCGAUCAAUGCCAACGAUCGAAAACAGUUCCAAGCGCAAACAACAGCAAAACGAAAUGAACAAGAACAUCCGAAUCGCGGUCGACCACCAGUUGAAAGAGAAUGUUUUCAAACUGGACAUCCUCAGGCAUCUUCGCACAUGAAUAUGAAACGGACGUCCCUAGUCGUGCCUGUCUUACUCGGCCCACCUAUACCUCGAGAAGAUCGUGAAGAGACACAAGAACGUUAUUGUCGUUUCAUUCUCACUCUAUUUGUCCCUUGGCGAUCAGUGUUCGAUAUAUGUGACCUGAAUCAAACUUGGAAGCAAGCGUUCGACAGUCGUCAAACAAAUAUCAUGCCCGAAUCGCACAAGUUCAUCGAGAACAUCCAACUAUUACACGAAUGCAAGAAGGAUCGAGACGAACACUUGCAGCAAGUGAUCGAAGCGAUGCAAACAGAAACUAUCCAUCAGCACACUCACUCGAGUGACAUGAACAACGAAAGCGACGAAGAGCAAGAAGAAAUCUUGGAUGUUCUGGCUAAUAUCGAUAUGGAUGAACUCACGCACAUCGAACAACCAGGCAUGAAGUCGGAAGAGAAAUAUUUUCAAAAGACAUUGCAAGCAGUUGAUCAAGCCAACCGAUUCAUCCAUAUUCACAAUUCGGUGCUCGAUCGAUCUAAACCGUUGACGUACAAUAAACGUUCCCACGAGAAAAUGAUUUGCGAUCGACAGUUCCUUAUUCCAGCUACUGCUGAGCUUGUCCAACUGAACAAGAAAUGGCCACGUCAGAUCACAGAAGAAAAAGAACAGAAACGGAAUGCUUGCAUAAACGAGGAAGACAACGGUGACUUUGCCUUGCAAAGUAUCGCUGAUGCAGAUCAGUCAGUUACCAUGGCAGAAGCAGCUACUCUUUUAAACUAUGAUGAUGAGGUCUCAUCCGACUCUGUCUACUCACAAUCUGUCAAAGCAAUCUCGUUGUCAGCUGGCCCUACUCGACAGCAAAUCGCGCGACAAUUCACACUCAACAAAAAUCAAACGGCAGCAUUCAUGAUCAUUACAGGCCAUCUUGAUGGCGUUGAUGGGCUCAAUAAAGAGAGUGGUAAUCAAACACAGCUAAUUAUGUGUGUACCAGGAUGUGGUGGCACUGGUAAAUCCCAGUUAAUACGAGCCAUUACUGCUUACUUCACUGAAACAAACCGAGCACGAAAACUACGCAAACUCGCCCCCACAUCGGUGGCAGCAGCUGAGAUCGAUGGAAUGACCGUCCACUCUUCCCUAGGCGAGGGAAGAAACAAGAGAAAAUCCAAGUGUACAAAUCGUGCUGGCCAAACGAAAUUAGAAAAUGAAUGGCGCUUCAUCGAAUAUGUCAUUCUGGACGAGAUGUCCAUGGUUGGACUAAGCCUGCUGGCUCGACUGAGUAACAUUAUCGCCACAGCUAAACACGCCGAUCCAAUCGUUUCGAUCGGUGGUGCCAAUCUUAUUUUGUUUGGCGACUAUAUGCAGUACUCUCCUGUAUUCGAUCGACCCCUUUACUAUGAUUAUUCAUCAACUAUGAUCAAUGCGUCCAUUGGAAUCAGGAAACUACCCACUGAGAACGAUAUUCAACAGACGAGUGCUCGUGCAUUGGUUCUGCAAAUUAACUGUGUUGUCAUACUUGAACAACAGAUGAGAACAAUCGAUGGAACUUAUCAAGAUCUUCUCGGUAGACUUCGUAAGGGCGAGGGAACAUACGAAGACUGGCUCUUACUUCAAACACGAGUGAUUGGGAAGGGUCUGCAAAUCUCUCUCAACGAUUCGCCGUGGAACGAGGCUCCAAUCCUCGUGUAUCGUAAUGAGUUACGGACCGAGUUGAACAAUCGAGCAGUCAUCAAUAAAGCCUAUCAACUCGGUCAAGCGCCAACGGUGGUUAUCGCUCAAGAUAAGAUCAACACGAAAAAAGAAAUAGAUCUUCUCGAUCUGAGCAAACGUCUACUUGCUCUGCCUGAUAACAAGACUGACCAUAUUCCUGGUUAUCUGCCACUCGUUCCUGGCAUGCCUGUUUUGUUACAAGAAAACAUUGCGUGUGAACUUGGUCUUUCGAAUGGCACUCCCGGAAUCUUCCGCAAACUGAUCUACGACGAGACAGCGGAACAUACUUCGGCUUCGACUGAAAGUGUCUAUACCAGUGAUACACUCUUCGUCCACAACGCACAUUAA